AUGCAAGCAGAUCCAGGACAGAGCCCAAUAGGCUGGGACACCGAGCCACCAAGCGGCGUGCAAGCCUCCGGACCCUGCGAUUUGUGUUUCAUCAAAAAUCUGCAGAAGCAGGCUGGCAGUCCGUACUACGACGGACCUCAGAUUCGAGAGAGUUCCUUGUAUGAGUCAAAGACAUCAAGCUGUGGUGUGACGGGCUACCCAUUGUCUAUCUCGUCUUUGCCCUUCCCGCAGCUUCCAGUCGCUAGUCCCACACCGACAUCGACGGUCUGCAGUGGCAAAGAAUACGAUAUCCAGACCGGCGAUGACUGCUACAAGAUAUCCAAGUCUCAAAGCAUAGGGACUGCCUGGCUGCUUUCAGACAAUUCUCUCACUGCCUACUGCGCCAAUUUUCCACAAAAUGGGAAACUGUGCAUCAAUAACACGUGCAAAGUCUAUACAGUACAGCCUGCCGAUACCUGCGAGAUCAUGGCUAGCUCCAAUAAUAUCACCAUCGCGCAGUUGAAGGCCUGGAAUCCGAUUAUUAACGCUGGCUGUCAUAACUUAUACAAGAUGAACGGGACUUCUAUUUGCGUGUCCAAUCCUGGCGUAGCAUAUGUCACGCCCCCAGCUAUGCCUCCUCUGGCACCAAGCACAGCCGUCAGCGCAGCACCCGUGCCUAGCAAUGCGAAGGACGAAUCGAACCGACAAUGUGGGCAGUGGUACAAUGUUGAGGGCGGAGACUAUUGCAACCUCGUGACACUGAGGUAUGCGAUAGCACUGGCUGAUUUCGUAUUCCUGAACCCAUCCAUCAACGCGAAUUGCACCAAUCUGCUGCUGGAUAUCAGCUAUUGUGUAGCGCCAGUAGGAGACAUUACCAAAGUCACGUUUACGCCCACUAAGCCCGCUACGACAACACCCUCGCCCACGCAGCUGAGCCUUGCGCUUGAUACAAGAGACGAUUGUUACCAGUAUUUCGACGCAUCACAGAUGGAAAGCGACAUAACAGGAACUCUUUAUCGUCAUCAAUGCGAUUUGGCUGCAGAUGUCUACGGUGUUGAGGUGUCCGAACUGCUCACCUGGAACCCUUCACUCGGUAACGACACCGAGGCGCCUACCUGCAGCUUCGAGCCUGGAGUCCGCUAUUGUGGAAGGUUCUACUUCGAGCCGCCAAAGGCCGAGCCCGAAGUAGGCCCAUCGCUGGAAUUUCCGAUCAGAGAAGGGUAUGAUACGAACUGCACUGAGUUCAGGGACGUGUCUAAGGAUUUCACUUGCGAGGAUGUUCUGGCUUUGUUCGAUCUCACCCUGGCUCAAUUCUUCAAGAUGAAUCCGGCUGUAGGCUCAACGUGUGCGAAUCUUUGGACCGAAACGGCAUAUUGCGUCAAGUCGCCCAAUGCUCCACCGCCCGCUACGAGCGUUACUUCGACCUCAGUUGCCCCAAGCAGUACAGUUCCACCGGGACCUGGGGCACCAACGCACACUGGACAGCCUGCAAACUGUGUUCGAUGGCACAUCGUCGAGAAAGGUGAUGAUUGCUCGAUUCUCGCAAACAAAUACUUCAUCACCUUGGAGCAAUUUUAUGCCUGGAAUCCCGCCGUGUCGAAUGAUUGCCGCGACAACUUCUGGCAGGGGUCGGCAUACUGUGUGGGCACUUCGGAUUCGAUCAGCGUGAGCAGAUCGGCUCCCCCGCCGUCGCCUACUCCCAGUCCUUUCGUCAUACCAACGCCAAAUCAAGCAAACAACGCGAUCAAAGAAUGCAACAAGGCUGCUCAGGCGCAGGAAGGAGACUGGUGUGCUGUAAGUCCACGAUAUCCGGUUCUGCGUCGCUUCUAG